CUCAAAAAUAAACUUGAUGGACAGCUGACCCCGGCGGAACGGAAGAGGAAGAAAAUAUUCAGUCAGUUGGGUAUGAUUGAGGAGCUCGACCCCGAUACAAUGAAAGUGAAGAAAGUACACGAUGCGUCUUCGAGGACCAUUCCUGAAAAGAGCGAAGAACCUGCACAAGAACAUCCAAAUAAGUCACAAGACAAUGCAGUUGAGCGCAUGUCGCACGGUAUUCUGGGGUUGGUUAUCCUACCGACUCGCGAGCUUGCUCUACAGGUAGAUCGACAUAAGUGA